AUGGCGGGUAUCGGUAAAUCGGUUGCUGAGUUCGAGGACUUGUUGCCGGUGAUAGCGGAGAAUCUGGGAGGAGAAGGGCUAAUGAAGGAGCUGAGCAAUUGGUUUGAGCUGUUGAUGGACAAGGAGAAACGGGUGAUAACUGUCGAGAGCUUGAAGAGGAACGCGGCGCUGAUGGGGUUGCAGGAUUUGAGACACGACGAGCUGGUGAGCAUGGUGGAAGAAGGUGAUACCGACGGCGAUAGAGCUCUCAGUGAGAUGGAAUUUUGCGUCCUGAGGCGUCAAGUAUUGUUAACCCUUAAACAAUACUCGAACUCACUUUAA